CUUCCACCAUUUCCUCCGUAGUGUUGCUGGUUAGACACACAGGGGGACAUAACUGCUAAUUAAAUUGAUCACCACACGCCUCGAAUGUUACAUUCAAUAAAGAACUGCUGACUCGAUGACAAAUGUGACCGGUGAAAUGGAGUAUGGUGAGAAACUGGCACACUUCCGCCAAACACGCCUCAAUCCUUUCGAUCGCGGUGAGGUAGAGGAUGGCGGUCUCCAAAAGAGCAGGACGCCCACACUGCAGGAAGCGCGACAGGAGCUAUAUUCUGGAACCAGAAUCCAAAAUUCAGACGUAACCAUGGACCUUGGAUUAGCUGAGGACCACUUUUCAAGACCGGUGGGUUCUUUUGUGGCCUCCGACAUAGAGCAGCUGAAACAGGCCAUUGAGGAGUGCAAGAAACUGAUCUUGGAGCUGCCAGAACACUCGGAAAGACAAAAGGACGCGGUGGUGAAACUGAUCCAUCUUCGGCUCAAACUGCAGGAGCUGAAUGACCCGGAUGAGGAUGAGCCAAACCUGAGAAUUGUUCUUGAGCACCGAUUCUCCAAGGAGAAGAGCAAGAGCGUAAAACAAACAUGUGAUAAAUGUAGCGCCAUCAUCUGGGGCCUCAUACAAACAUGGUACACCUGCACAGGUUGCUAUUACCGUUGCCAUAGCAAAUGUAUGAACCUGAUCACUAAGCCUUGUGUGAGGUCGAAGGUCAGCCAUCAGUCUGAAUAUGAGUUAAGCAUAUGUCCUGAGGUUGGCCUUGAUCGGCAAGACUACCGUUGCGCAGAAUGUCGCGCACCCAUUUCGCUGAGGGGUGUGCCGAGUGAGGCCAGACAGUGUGACUACACAGGCCAGUAUUAUUGCAGCACAUGUCACUGGAAUGACACAGCCAUCAUCCCAGCACGAGUCAUCCACAACUGGGAGUUUGAACCUCACAAGGUUUGUCGUUCCUCACUGCGCUACCUGGCUCUGAUGAUGUCACGGCCUGUUCUGAAGCUGAAAGAAAUUAACCCACUUCUCUUUAACUUUGUAGAAGAACUGGUUGAGAUCAGAAAACUUCGCCAAGAUAUUUUACUGAUGAAACCUUAUUUUAUUACCUGCAAGGAGGCCAUGGAAGCUCGGUUACUACUCCAGCUACAGGACCGCCAGCACUUUGUAGAGAACGAUGACAUGUACUCACUACAGGAUUUGAUUGACAUCUCCAGCGGUAGACUCAGCUGUUCCCUCACAGAAGUUCACACCACAUUUGCAAAACACAUCAAGCUGGACUGUGAUCGUUGCCAAGCCAAAGGAUUUGUUUGUGAGUUGUGUAAGGAGGGUGAUAUCCUCUUCCCCUUUGACAGUCACACCUCCGUUUGCCAUGACUGCGCCGCCGUCUUUCACAGAGAUUGUUAUUAUGACAACUCAACAACGUGUCCACGAUGUGCCCGGAUGACGGAGCGCAGGCAAGAUGAAGACACUAAAGAUGCAUAAAGUGAAGGACCCGUUAAGGAACUUUGUGUCUACAGUACAUGAUGAAAGAAAUACAAUCUGGUAUUACAAUGUAAAUAUGACAAUGUUACAUAUUAAAUGCUAUCCCAUCUACUUAACAGUAAACAAAAUGUAUGUAUUUUUUACAUUCAAAAUUUCAGGGUUGUUUGUCAUGUACUCAUCACUUGUCAGCCCAGAACUUAAAUAUUAUCCAUAUACAGUAUUAAAAAAGGUGUAUUUAAAACAUAUCUGUACUUGUUCUUGUAAGGAUACAUAUGUGAACUUUUAUGUUUUAUUCAAAACAUUGAAUUCAUUCCAGAGUGUUCUCUGUAUCUGUGUGUACUAAGACCAGUUGAUGUGAACACUCAUGCACAGUGUGUGCCCAGGAUUGUCAGGUUACAUAAAGCUGUUAACCAAAUGUCUUAAUACACUUAGCAACAUGUUAAUGGUUUCUAUCAUAAUUUACUGAAAGGCAGUGGUGUGCCGUGAGGGCCAGCAAGGCCUUCUCUGCUGGAAUAACAUAAAUCAUGAUCAAAAAUUAAUAAAAGUUACAUUUUUUUUUUUUUACUUUCCAUGCAUAUACUGUAUAAAAGUAUCAUAUUUUCUUCAUGUCAUAUUAGGCUACAGUGUUACUUGUUUUUUUACUUUAGAGCUUUCAUCCAAUCAGAAUUCAGCUUGUUCCCAGCGCUGUAUGAAUUCUGCCACAGGGCUUCUGAAUCUACAUUAGCGGACAUUCAGUUGAUAUAAAGCUGCGAUAGCCAAUCAGAUCACGAGUUCUUGACAGUAGCCCAUCUAGGUAGCCUUAAGUUAAACGUGACUGUUAUUAGAUACUCACUUGUCACUCCCAAUUGAGUAUACAAUCACAAGUUGUGAAUUACGAAAACAGGAAGUGGCACCCUAGCCUAGCAGAUAAAUCACCAGUACGCACUUUUUUUAACCCACAAGAAAGCAGAGCAAAACGUUGAUUACGCGGCAGAUACUGUAUAUAUUUGCAAGGCAAUUUUCAACAAGGAUAUUUAAAGAGGAAUUAGAUCUCGUGAGACGAUUUCGUUCGAUCACGGAAGCUAUCUAAGUUGUUUCGGUGUUGAAAUGGUUUGCCCGCCACUUCCACUCAAAUCUACCAACUACGAGCGGUACUACUGGUUAAUACGGCGUCGGAUGGGUGUUAGAAAUGUUCACGUUUAAUGUUUUUAACAAUUAUUUUAAUUUUGACAGUAACACGUAAGAAUAUGUUAUAAUUGCUGAUGCGAGUUUAUUGUUAAAUGCGUCGAAAAAUAUCCCAUUUUGUACAAUGUUGAGGUGAUUCAAUACACAGGAGUGCACACGUGUGUUUCUGUAUAGUAUUUCUCCAGCCAUGGUCAUAUGGUGACAUAAAUUAUGGUAUUUUGAGAGGUAUUUAUUGAAGUCGGACGAAGCAGGACAUCACUGAAGGCCUAGGUGGGAAUCGCACGGCCCGCCACUGCUGAAAGCACAUUUUAUCCCAAAAUAUGUUAAAAUGCACUUUUGAAAAAGCGUAAAUAUUGACGUAAAAUAUUUGUUUUAAAAUAAAGCCUCUUUAGCUGUGUUAUCUUUCAGCAUGGUGCAUUGUUGAUUUCCUCUCAGAGUAAUGGACAUCUCUGGUGUCAGUGAAUCCUAUUAUGCUGUUAAUAAAAAAAUAGAGUGAUGCAUGAA